CGCUCCGCCCCACGCACGCCGGAGGUCUGCACCCGGGUGCGCUGGCGGCGCCCACCGUUUACGACGGGCCGGAAAGUAGCGGCCGCAGCCAGUGCCGGGCCUGGUCGGGCCGAGCCGGGCCAGUAUGGGGAAAAUUGCGCUGCAGCUCAAAGCCACGCUGGAGAAUGUCACCAACCUCCGGCCCUUGGGCGAGGACUUCCGGUGGUACCUGAAGAUGAAAUGUGGCAACUGUGGUGAGAUUUCAGAGAAGUGGCAAUAUAUUCGGCUGAUGGACAGUGUGGCACUGAAGGGAGGUCGUGGCAGCGCCUCCAUGGUCCAGAAGUGCAAGCUGUGUGCAAGGGAAAACUCCAUCGAGAUUUUGAGCAGCACCAUCAAAUCUUACAAUGCUGAAGACAAUGAGAAGUUCAAGACAAUUGUAGAGUUUGAGUGUCGGGGCCUUGAACCAGUUGAUUUCCAGCCUCAGGCUGGGUUUGCUGCCGAGGGCGUGGAAUCGGGGACGGUCUUCAGUGAUAUUAAUCUUCAGGAGAAGGACUGGACUGACUAUGACGAAAAAGCUCAGGAAUCUGUGGGAAUCUACGAGGUCACCCACCAGUUUGUGAAGUGCUGAACCCUCUUCCUGCACACUUGCCUCAAAGAACUGAGAAGGGACAAUGUGCCCCAAGCAGCAGAGCCCACUGAGGCUAAUCCCCUCAUCCCCUGUCUGCUGGAAGCUGUCUGAGCCCUCACAGCCUGCAUGCUGGGCUCUGCCACAGCUUCCCAAGCAUCACCAAUAAAGCCGCUGUUUGUGCUACA